UAUUGUUAGCGGAUGACACGAAAACAGCGACAGUCAUCAGGCAUAUAAAAGUACGACGAAUUUUACCCCAAGGCAUCAGUCUUCUGGCGAUCUUCUUGCAAACAAACAUGGCUGGAAAGCUCAUCAUACUCUUAAGCGUGACAGUCUUUUCAAAGGGGGCGGUGGUAUCGGCAAUACCGGCAGUGUCAACACCUAUAGUGGCAGCAAAACUCGAGGAAUUAGAUGCACCUCAAUAUAGUUUCGCGUAUGACGUUCAAGAUGCCGUAACCGGGGACUCUAAAGCCCAAUAUGAAACUAGAAAUGGUGACUUGGUACAGGGUAGUUAUAGUUUGAUUGAGGCAGACGGUACUCGACGCAUAGUCGAGUAUACAGCAGAUCCUAUAAAUGGCUUUAACGCAGUGGUAAGCCGAGAACCAGCAACCGCUAUAGCAGCCAUUGCAGCUCCAUUGAUACCAUACGCACCAGCCAUCGCGUCUGCCGCGCCAGCUGCACCUGUUCUGCCUGCAGCACCUGCACCAGCACCAGCCAUUCCAGCCAGCGGUCCGGAUUCUGACGUUGAAGUAGUUGAGGCUAGAUCCGGUCCUCUGCUUGCAUCCAAUGAUCCAAUCGCUCGUGACGAGCAACUUCGACAACAACAAGAGCAACAAUUGCAGCAAUUGAAAGAGCUUGAAAGACAACAACAAGAACAGCAACAGAAACAAUUGCAACAAUUGCAACAGCUCCAACAACAAUCCAGAUUGCGAUUCCAACAGCAAAUUCAGCAACAGCAAAGAAUACAACAAGAACAGGGACAGCAAGAACAAGAACAUCAAAGGCAACAACCAUUACAACGACAACAAUCACAAUAUAAAUUAUCACAACAGCAGCAACAGGCUUCUAUACCAGUAAAAACUCUUGCCACUCCGAUACAAUUGCCAGCAAAAGCUCCACAAGCGGCGAGAUUAGUAAGCUUGCCAGCGACUAAAACUGUUACCACUUUUGCCUCUUAUCCUAAUGCCUAUACGUACACAGCUGCUUAUUCAUCACCCUUAGCUUACGCAGCUCCUAUUGGAGGUUUCACUUAUGCACCCGCCACCGCUCUUGUGUAA